GUGUUUUAACCUCUCCGAGUCACUAAAAUCGGAGUCGACACUUUGGUCUGCGACCGAAUGAACAUUUUAAUGCCCAUGGCUAGCCGCUACUACCAUGAAUCUGGCCAACUUACCAAGGGUCGGUCCAGGAUCGAUAACGUUAUAUUUCUGUCUCUUUUUGUUUCUUCCACUGGCAACUCCAGCACCACCUACUGACCGCUCACUCAAGUCGCUUGAACGAGAUUUCUCUCGACUCUCAAGGCGACAAGCCGCUCAUUUAAUCAGUCAUUCCUUUCAAUUACUUUAACACAUGGUAGCACAGACUCGUUCCGCAAGGGAAACGCGAAAGCCGCUGGCAUGUCUCAAGACCUGCAUUUGAUCGGCUUCAGGUACAACAUUGCUGCAGCCGUCUUUUUUAUACUGUAUAGCUUUGCCGAAGUCCCCUCAUAUGUUUAACAUCAAGAUUAACAUGUCCAUUCUCAAUGUUUGUAUAGGAACAUCGCCUUGAAGCUAUUCAGACCAUCGCGCUGGA